CCCGCCGCGCCGGAGCGGGCAGAGUCCGCGAGGCGGCCGGGGGCGCGGGGCGGCGCUGGCUCCCUGCAGCCGCAGCAGCAUCGCCCGGAGGCUGCGCCGUGCGCGGGCUGCUCGGGGCCGGGCAGGGUGAGGGGCUCCCGGAGGCCGGGCGUUGCGCAGCUCCACCAGCCUCACUUGGCAGCCGGGACCCGCUUCCCGCGCGGAGGCGGUGAGGGGGCCGGGCCGGGCCCCGCGCUGCCCCGCCGGAGAGGAGGGGCCGGGCCCCGGGCGGCCGGGGCUCGGCUGGGCGGCCGCGGCGGAGGGCGAAGCCGGCAGGGGGUGAGGCUGGGCGGCCGGGGGGCCGGGCAGGAGGGGGGCUCCCCGGCCCGGGGCCCCGCAGCGGGGCGGAUGGCUGCGGGCAGCAUCACCACCCUGCCCGCGCUGCCCGACGACGGGGGCAGCGGCACCUUCCCCCCGGGGCACUUCAAGGACCCCAAGCGGCUGUACUGCAAAAACGGGGGCUUCUUCCUGAGGAUCAACCCGGACGGCAGAGUGGACGGGGUCCGGGAGAAGAGCGACCCGCACAUCAAAUUGCAACUUCAGGCAGAAGAAAGAGGAGUGGUGUCAAUCAAAGGUGUAUGUGCAAAUCGUUUUCUUGCUAUGAAGGAAGACGGCAGAUUAUUGGCAUUGAAAUGUGUAACCGAAGAAUGUUUCUUUUUUGAGCGCUUGGAAUCAAACAACUACAACACUUACCGGUCACGGAAAUAUUCUGAUUGGUAUGUGGCAUUGAAAAGAACUGGACAGUACAAACUUGGACCAAAAACUGGACCAGGGCAGAAAGCUAUCCUUUUUCUUCCAAUGUCUGCCAAGAGCUGAUUUCAGUGGUAGAGUCUAUAAUCUAUGCCACAACACACUAAAGUGGUAGUUUCCUCCACUCCUUCCAAAAAGUAGUAGUGUGAGCAAAUAUUUGAUAACUGCUUUUGCAGAUGUCUGAUUACCAAAUACGUUCGUAUAAUAUAACCUUGAUGUUACUGUAUGUUUUGAAACAAUUGUGCCAGUGUCCAGAGGAAAAAGCACCAGGAAAAUAUAUAGAAAUUUCAGUAUCAGUGCUUCACACAUUUUUCUUCUAGUUAGAGCUACUAUAUUAGUCUUACAGUGUAAAGGAAACUUAAAGAUGUGCACACAUUUACAAGAAUAUUUACCUUUUAAAAGAAAUAAUAUAUAUCUUACUAGAAGAUAAAAAAUUCCAGCAAGAACAAAGUCCAGGAAUAUUUUUAAUAUGGUACAAGUAAGCCCACAAUUUAAAACAAUCAAUUCUAAAUUAUUAUUUUAAUAAAAUGUGAAGCUUAUUACAAUUCUGUCAUGUUUUUAUAAGUAUCUGGCAGCUCCCUGUGGUACAGCUUAUAAAAUAGGCCAGUGUAAACAGCUGGAAAUUCUCUCAUGGUUAUAUCAAUCUUAUCAAACCCUUCUCUGUAUCCAUAAAGUAGCAGUUUAGCUACACUGCUGGUGAUGGGAGUAGUGUCUUUGGUCUUAGCAAGUUCCUCAAGAUCCAUCCAUUCGCACCUCAAGCACUCCUGCUGGCAGAAGCUGAUGUUGAAGGAGGAAGGCUGCAGGCGACAGAUGAUAUACAUAUCUGAUAUCCCAAAGGCUCCAGGGUGCCUAUGUUGCUGCCUUACACUUAAGAGGGACUUGAACUCUGACUUAAUGCCAGUCUCUUCAAAAACCUCUCGAACUGCUGUGUUUCCUAGAUGGAGAGAAAUAUUCCUACAGUACAUGUAAGAGGAGACUACAUUUCAAGAACUGUUCACCGUGAAAGAUUUCUAACUCAUAAAGUAUUGCUGAUGGUAACACCUUUUUGAGACUGUAAAGGCUAUAAACUCCAACACUACAGUAUGCUCAGUUUUUGGGCUGCUGAACAAAACUAAUUGCAAUGGACUGUUUUGCUUUUCUUGUGGAUAACCUACAAAAUGAUGAAUGUUCCUUAAUACUGUACAAGUAUGGUAGCUCUGAAACUGAUGCACCAAUGCAGUAUAGCCACCUCUUACCUAAAAAUAUUUAAAUAUUUUCAGUUCUUUGAUCCUAACUAAUACAUUUUUAGGUUUACUUUCAAUGACUCAUCUUCCUGUUGCAGCCAAGCACUUUCAACUAUACCUGAUUGUGGGAGCAAAUCAAUUAGUUCAGUGGCACAAGUACACAGUUUUCUUGCAGAUGUAAAAGUGUGCAAAAAAACUGGCCUACAGAAUGAGGGAGGACCUCACCCCUUUUGCAAAUUUAUCCUUAAAUGUCUGCAGAUGCAUCCGAUGAAGUGAGCUGUAGCUCAUAAAAGCUUAUGCUCAAAUAAAUUUGUUAGUCUCUAAGGUGCCACAAGUACUACUUUUUUUUUUUCAAGAGGAGACAAAAACCUCUUGCAUUUUUCAUUAUAAAAAUCAGUAGGAAUGGAGGUAAAAAAAAAAUCCGUUAACUUGGGCCCCAGUCCAGGAAUGUCCUUGAGCACCGGCAUAGGGUUACUGAAAGUUGGUGGGACUACUUGUGCUUAAAGUUAGGCACAUUUUUAAGAACCUUGCUGAGUUAGGGUCUAUAAACAGCUAAUCGUUGGCAGGGUAUAACUCAUUCACUCUCAGUGCUUAGAUGUAGUCUCUCCACUAACCAAAAGCUAGAGUUACCUCUGAACGGGAAUCAAAGUCAAAGAUCCCAGGAGGGCUCCAAUAUCCUCAUCUGCCAAAAUGUAUCUGUUCCUAGGCCUUGCAAAACUUUACAAACCCACUUGGGUGGAGUAUUUUUUGGAUGGGUAAAUAGAAUUAUUAGAUUAUUUGUUUUUUAUCCUCAUGGCAAGGGAAGUGACUGUUUUGUCUGAGAUGUUAAAUGGCCACGGCAGUUAAUUAGGAAUUAGAAUAUUGUUUUAUAUUUAUAUUUAACAGAAUUACAUUCAUUUUAACAAAAUCCUUUUAGUGAUUCUCCCUUGCCUGCAAACCACCAUCUUGAAAAAUCAGAAGUACAGAAGAUAUAAAUUUUGGAUUUAUUUUAAAACUACUGAAAAUAAUUUCAGGACAUAUAGUGACAAACCAUAAGCAAAAUCUCUAACAGCCUUUCUUGCAGACAAUAAACAUUUAUAUAGUAAUGGCCCUGAUCCUGAAAACACUUUCAUGUGUGUUUAAAGUUAAGCACAUUAGUAACUGCAUUGCAUUUAAUGGGACUAGUUGCAUGAGUAAAGCUUGACACAUGAGCAUGUGUUUGCAGGAUGGGGGGGGCGGGCAUUACUAUAUAAAUGUCUGUAGAGCAUUUUAUUACAAUAUUAACUACACAGCUACUCCGGGGGGUCGGGGGAGAGAGCUUUCUGACUCCAUGUCUCUGACACAGUUGUAGAGAUUACUGACAGUAUGAGCCAUUACCGCUCCUGGCUCCUCUGGGCUGGAAUCAAGGGAAGUCCUAGUGGAAGGUUCAUCCAGUCUUCCUUGGUUAGAAGAGAUGUGGAAAUGAAGCAAAUUCCCUACAGUGUAUUUGUGUAGUACUCUUUGGACUUAAAGUGGGAAAGGAAUAAAAGGAUAGAAAUCGGGGAUGCUAAGGGAGAUCAUGCUAUGUAAGACACAAUCAUUAGACCAGGGAUUUCAGUCCAGAUUUGAGCUUUGCUUCAAGAUAGUGCCUUAUUGUAGUUCCCUUAUUUUUUAAUAUUUUAAAAUAUUAUAAUGACAAGUUAAAAUAGAAGGAACAUUUAGGGCUUGAGUUUCAAAAAUCGGCAAGCCCCAAAAUGCGUGCAAUUUAGUGUUUAAUUUGUUCACAUAACUACCACUGCUGCUUGUGCAAACUGGUACAUGUGAAUAAACACUGAUCUGCAAGCAUGGUAACUGCACUCCUAAAUUUUUGAAAGGUAGGCACUUAAAUGUUUGAGGCUUAAUGUAAAUGAAUGAAAAAUAAAGUUCUGUUAUUUCAUGCUUCAUUAAUUUAUAUCUGUUAAAAUAUAGUAAUGAAAAUAACUGUUUGCUACAUCACAUCUUAAAGUUCCCCUCAUGCCACUAUUAAAAUAUUAACAAACAUAUAUUUUUUUCCCAGUUUUUCUGAUACCUAUUUGCUGUCACCCCAGCAACAUUUACAGCCUCUAUUUUUAGAAGGAUGUGUCCCUAGCACUCCUGUGUACAGCACAGUGGAGCCAUGCUCAAUGCUGGCCUUUCUUUGCCUAUCAAUAAUGUAAAAGUUCCUCCAAAGUCCCCGUCUAUCUUGGACCAUUCCCUUUCAGUCCUUCUCUAACCAGACUCCCUUUUUGGUACAAAGUAUACAGCAUAUAUUCAUGGCAUUAUGUACCCUCUCCAAACAAAUGUUUGACAUGUAAGCUCAUGUUUCACAAAACUAUACAUGCAACAUCACCUAAAGCUCAAUUCUGUAACAAAUAUUUGAAGGAACAGCAUUUGGUACACAUGAAAUAUUUUAAAACGGUACAUGAAAUUGCAUAUAAUGACUGAAGGGCUAGAUCCACAAAGAGGUCUUAGGCAUUGCAAUGCUCAGUCUAACAUGUAGGCACCUUGCCAUCUAGUGGAAGCCACAGCCCAAGUCAGGUGUCCACUCUCGCUCUACAAGACAUGCGGAAUGUUAAGCACCUAAGAAUGGGACCCACAAAAGCCAGCAAGAUGAGUAGGUAGCUGCCUAAUGUAGCCAGUAGGAAAUGCCAAAGAAAAGGGUAUAACCUACGUCAGUAGUGAGCAACCCGUGGGCUGCAUGCAGCCUGUCAGGGUAAUCCACUGGCAGGCCGCUAGACAGUUUGUUUACAUUUGCAUGGCUGCCUGAGGCUCACCAGUGGCCGCAGUUCGCCGUUCCCGGCCAGUGGGUGCUGCGGGAAGCGGCGUGGGCCACAGGGAUGUGUGGGUCACUGCUUCCUGCAGUGCAAAUGUAAACAAACUGGUGGCCCAUCAGUGGAUUAUCCUGAGGGGUCGCGUGUGGUUGGCAGGUUGCCCACACUGGCCUAAGUCCUGCCCCUUAAAGGGACCUAGGUGCCUGAGUCUGGGCCUGAGGGAGUCCUUCUCUGCUCUUGAUUCACAGCUCUGAACCCUCUACUGGAGCUAAGGGCAUAAGUCCUUUGCAACAAAGCAACCACCACUAUGAGGAGGAGAAAGAUGGUGGUGUCACCUCCCCGCUCCUUAUAACUUCAUGCAGCUGUAUGUAUGCUGAGUGGCAGAAAUGUAGGUGCCUGAGGAUUUUAGGUGCCUACAGGGUAUGACAGAUGAGCAGGGAUUUUGAGGAUUUAAAAUUUUGAGGUUGGGUGUCUAAAGUAGCAGGUAGGCAUCUAAAUCCUUUUUGUGGAUCUAGCCCAAAGUUGAGAUGUAUAGUGGGAAACUACUGUCCUGUCCAUUGUAAUCAUGAACUGUAGAGUUUGUGGCCUUGGACACUGAGGGGGAGAAUACAUUUGUGGCUAAGGUGCAGGACUAGGAGUCAGCACCUGAGGGUCCUGUUUCCAGUUCUCCUAGGCUGUUUCUAUAUUACUCCAGCAAUGAAGUUAACCUUUUUUUGUCUGAUCUUACUCAUCAAUACUGUGCAGAUGAUACUCAAAAAUCUGAAAUAGUAUUGAGGAAAAAUGUAUUAAUGUAAGAGUGCAGAAUGUAGUACUGCCCAGUGGAGGUAACUUUUGAACCCAAAACCUACAUACUCUCUCCUAUAUACAGAAAAACCUGUAGUCUAUAUUAUUUAAAAAACGUAACCUUUGCAUAAACUUCUGUAUUGUAAACUCAUUGGUCCUGUAACCCUUUAACAGAACUUCAGCAGUACUUUAGUAUUAACAACCAUCUACAUUACAUUAGUUUAAGUGAAGUAUUUCCUCAACUCAAUGUCACUUCACCUUUACUUUAAGAGUAAUUAUUACUAUUUGUAAUACAAUAGGGCCUAGAGUCUCCUGCUAAAAGCAGGGCUCAUUGUGCUAGUACUAUGUACUUCAUACAAGAGACAAUUGCUGUCCCAAAGAGCUUGCAAUCUAAACAUCCAAGACAGACAAAGUGUGGGGGAAGAUGUGUAGUUAUUCCCAUGUUACAGAUAGGAACAGUGUCAGGAAUUUUUACUCAGAAUAUUGCUGACUUUAUCACCUGGUGCUUCAGGCUGUGCUUGAAGUAUUUUAAUUCAUUUAUUUCUAUGCUAUAUUCAUCUUCCUCACGCUUUUGGAUUCAUAUGACACAAUGCCAAAUAAACCUAUAAAUCAAACGCUGCACUAAGUGAAAAUAAAGAAAAAUGUGUAAAAUGUAGGGCCUUUUCACCGUGAACAUGGUGAAGCAUCAGGCGUCCUCUGCUGAAGUGACUGUUUUAGGAUGCAGGAUCAUGUCACCCCAUCUCUCAGACACCAAUUUUAAACAGAUAUUGACCACAAGAGUAAUCCUGCAAAACUACUUUGGGCUACAUACCUCUGUAUCAGCUAACUAACGGAGGGCACAACUCAGUGGACUUCAAUGGAGUUGUGAUUGCUUAUGCUGCUGAUGUAUUUGAAACAUUGUCCAGAGACUUACCAAUGUCUUCACCUGGGUCUGAGAGGCCUCCUGGAAAUUUCCAUGCAUUUGUUGUCUAUAAUGGAGCAGAAAUAUUAGCAAGGUAUACAACUGUUUUGUUCUCCUAAUACAAAAGGACAAAAUGAUUCCUCUAGAAUUCCUAAUCACCCUAAUAUGUACAUGAAUUUUUUAAAGGUGAUAUGUUAAUUACUUCUAUAAUUAUCAGUUAAGAUUGAAAUAAACUUCUGUUUUUGCUAAUGUGAUCAGACAGCUACCUGUCUAUAUGAAAUAUUGGAAGAAAACAUCUACUGAUUGAAAAUAUAAACUGUCUAACAGUCAUUAGACAAAGUUGCUGCUAGUUAACUAGUUUAAAAGUAGUUGGACAUGAAAGAAGCUGCUAUAGAUAUAGACUGUAUAAUCUUCUUUUUAAUCACUAAUGUAUUCUACUUCAGUGGUUUUUUUUGGCUUUUUAAAAAUAACUGUACAUAUUUAAUCUUCAAAUAGAUAUUAUGAUUGUAGUAUUGUUCUAUACUGCACUGGCUUUGAAGUGAUUUAGUGUCUGUAAUAACCAUGUAGUGUAACUUUGUCAUUUUGUUUUCAUGGAGAAGAAAAAUAAAAUCAAGACCUUUUUGGUGUGA